CUUGGGUGGCAGUUCACCCUCUGGCGCCAUACACGAUGGCCGCCCGCCAUACAAUUAUCGCAGUUUACUGUUAUUUCUACAGAAUUAGAUCAUUAGUCCAUUAAGUGCUACAGCUUUAUUUUGAUGGACAGUCAUCCGAAACAAAUCCUGAAAGCAUGCGCGUACAUCGAAAAAGUUUUAAUUUAUAUAUAUGGCUUUGGUGUUAGCGAAUUUCAUUGUAAUAUUAUAGUAAAAGUUUUGAUUAUCACAUUACUGUGCGAGUUAUAUAGCCAUAUGUUAAUGUAAAACGGUGACAUUAUUAAUAACGACGUUGGCACAAGUGCUGCUAUAAAAAUUGGGUGGAAUAUAAUUUGUGAACACAAGAUAGAAUAUGGAAAUGGCAGCAAAACUGAAAACAUGGACAUUCUUCAUCCUGUGCCUAGUAGUCAUCCACUUCACUCAAGGAACACAUCAGGAAGGCAGAAGACGCCGGACCUUCAAGAUCGACUACGCCAAUGACAGGUUCCUGAAGGAUGGGUUGCCAUUUCGCUACGUGUCUGGCUCCAUCCACUACUUCCGGGUGCCCGCCUCUCUCUGGGCCGACCGACUGUGGAAGCUUCGGAUGGCGGGCUUCAACGCCGUCCAGACGGUGGUGGAGUGGUCGAGCCACGAGCCGGAGCCCGGAGUGUUGGACUUCUCUGGCAACCACGACCUGGAGGCCUUCAUCACCGCGGCCCAGGACCAAGAUCUCCUCGUUAUCCUUCGCGUUGGACCCUUCAUCUGCGCCGAGCGGGACAUGGGAGGGUUUCCAUACUGGCUGCUGCGACUUCAUCCAAACAUCCGCCUAAGAAGUUCGGAUCCCGCGUUCUUGAGACACGUAGACGCGUGGCUGGGCGAGGUGCUGCUGCCGAAGGUCAAGCCGCUCCUCUACGAGAACGGCGGGCCGAUCAUCAUGGUUCAGGUGGAGAACGAGUACGGGUCGAGCAGCAACUGUGACUUCCAGUACACGGCCCACCUUCGGGAGGUGUUCCGUCAGCACCUAGGGCCCUCUGUCGUCCUCUUCACUGUCGACUCCACCGGCUCAUCCAACCUUAGGUGUGGCAAGAUCCCGGACGUCUACGCCACGGUCGACUUUGGUCUUGGAACUGACCCCAACGAGAUCUUCGGCCAGCAGAGGCUGUUUGAACCUCGGGGUCCGCUCGUUAACUCAGAGUUCUACCCGGGAUGGAUAGAUCACUGGGGGGAGCCUCACCACAAGACCGACGCCCAGGAGCUGGCUGUGGCGCUGGACGCCAUCCUGGCCCUCAACGCCUCCGUCAACAUGUACAUGUUCCACGGCGGCACCAACUUCGCCUUCACCGCAGGCUCCAACAUGGGCCGCACAUUCCAGUCGUGCCCAACAUCGUACGACUACGACGCGCCCGUGUCGGAGGCGGGAGACCCCACUGAGAAGUACCACGCCCUGAGGCAGGUCAUCAGCAAGUACCUGGUGGUGCCCCCUGGACCGGUGCCUCCAGUGCCCCUCAAGGCAAGGUACGGGGAGGUGAAGAUGGAGCCCCUGGGGUCGGUGAUGCAGCUCCUGCCGCUCCUCCGGGGGGUCACCCAGCCCUGGCCUCUCACCUUCGAGCAGCUGCACCUCGCCAACGGCAUCGUCGUCUACCACACCGUCCUUCGCUUCAGGGUCCCUGACCCGGCACGACUGAGCGUGAACGACGUGCAUGACCGCGGGUACGUGUUCGUGGAGGGUCGCUACGUCGGGUUGGUGUCCCGGGAGCAGGAGCUGUACGACGUGGCGGUGACGGCCCUCCCCGGACACACCCUCGUCAUCAUGGUGGAGAGCCAGGGACGGGUCUCCGUGGGCCGCAGGCUCAAUGACUUCAAGGGCCUCACCGCCAACGUCACCAUCAACAACCACGUACUGAAGGGAUGGACGAUGACACCGCUGCCUCUCACCGACCUGACCCGCCUCCGGCACGUUCUCUGGCGCCUCCACCAGACACUGUCGCCGUCCCCGCAGCUAGGGACACCGCAGGGAGGCAUGACCUUCUACAGGGGCACCUUCAACAUUCCUGCGGUGGAGCCGCACCCUCUGGAUACCUUCCUCCGUCUUGAUGGCUGGGCCAAGGGCGUGGCGUGGGUGAAUGAUGUGUGCCUGGGGAGGUACUGGCCGGAGGUGGGCCCCCAGGUCACUCUCUACGUGCCCCGGAGCGCCCUCACCCAGGGCACCAACACCCUGCUGCUGCUGGAACUGGAGGCCAGCCCCUGCCACGCCCCGUGCCCCGCCCCGUGCUCCUGCCCGGUCUCCCUUGUUGAUACUCACCAGGUGGACGGUCCCACCCCUCCCUGACGGCUCCCUCCAUCAUCUCACUCCCUCCAUUGCCUUAAUUCCUCCCUUCCUGACGGCUCCCUCCAUCGCCUCCCUCCCUCCCUUGACCCUGUCACAUCAAUUUAUUGUCACAGCGCUUACCUCGACCCUUAUAAUUGACUUUCUUAUUAUUAUUUACCUUCUUUGUUCCCACUUCUUCCUAAUCCCUUUCUGUCUCCUCUCUCCCUGACGUACUCCCAUCCCCUCUCUCCCUGAUGUCCUCCCAUCCCCUCCUUUGUGUGUUAGCUAACGCUCAGCAGACGUGUAAAUGUUUCUGGUGUUAGGGAUGUGGUGGGCUACAAGCCCCCCUAGUGUGCACCGCUGGCUCAAGUUGAUCUGACCAAAUGUAAACUGUCAGCGGAACUAUUCACAUGCCUUACGUCACUGUGUAAUUAAAUGUGACCCAAAAAAUAUUUAGAAUUCAAAGACACUUCUAUUACAGAUGUUCGAGAAAUGUGUAGGUGUUUAAUUCAAAUUGGUGUACUAC